UUUUUAGAAGUACGUCACAGGAUUCUGACCAAACGCGGCAGCGAGGAGGAGUUUGAAAAUGGCGGGCUAGGUGCUAACUGCUACUGCAUCUCCGAUAUAUGAGUUUUGUCUGUUAAAACAUGGCGUCUUAUCGUCUAUUACAUCGCUCUUAUGCAAACUUUGAAUCUCCCGCAAAGGUGUUCGCGCAGCUAAAAUGUAAGGUACAGAAAGAAGCGAAGUCCUCGAAGAUGGGGAAGAACGGAGCGUGUAGCGUCAGAGAGGAGUUCAGGCCAGUAUUUCACUCGCCGAAGAAAACAAACCUCUGGAUGACGGAAGAGCUUACGGACUCUCAGGGGUUCGAUUCCGAUCUCAACGAGGCUAAUGCUUUGACUCUGUCGCCAAUAAUGAGUCCUCAAAAGACGUUCGAUUGCGCUCCUCCCGAUGAUAGACUGCUGGAUGAAACGCUCGCGCGCACACAAAAGGACUAUCCCUUUCUCGAGUCUACAGCGGUGUCGCACCCCCUGUCUUCAGUCAACAGGUGUCUGGCAUUGGAACGGGGGCGUCCGAUGAGAGGCUCGGGCAGGCUCGGCGGCUACAGGUCUCCGGCGAAAGCAGCGGGGAGGGAUGCGCUUGACAACAAACGCGUCCCUCUGGUCAUUGGAUGCUCUCCAAACGGUCUGUUCUCCCCCAUGAGAAACAGGAAGAGGAAACUGGAGCAACACGAGUUUCGGAAAACCUCUGUAAUGAAAGAAGAGAUCAAGAAAGACAAACAUCUACAGAUGGAUGGGAAAAGCUCUGCUUUUGGUGAGGAUGGAGGGGCUGUGAGAGGAGGAGGAGGCUGUGUCAACCAGCCAGAGAUGCUCAGUGAUCACAUGUUCACACCCAGGAAGAAGGUUCAGAAACAUUGCAGUGUUGUAGUUGAAAGGCUCCCCAUUAUGUCUCCUGCCAAAAUGUUUGCUUUCAUGAAGAAGAAGGAACACAAAACUCAGAAGCUGGAAGCUCACAUCAGCAACAGCAGACGAGAUCUCUUUGGAAACUUGCACCAGACCGAAGACAUUCCUCUUCCUGCAGCUGAAAACCACGUGAACGACGCUCCUGAGAGGUGUACUCCCGCUCAAGAGUCCGACAGAAACACGUCUGACAGCCAGUCGGACAGCAGUCGCUCCGCCUGUCCCCCGAGAACGUCCACGUCGCCAGCGCCUGUUUUACUGGAGGACCCGCUGGUUCUCAACUCCCCACAAAUCUCCAUUCCGAAAAAGUCUGACCACAGGCAUUGGCCCAACCAAAGAAAAUUCCCAGUCGAGAAUGUGAUCUAUCUGAAGAAGUGGAUGGUGAUGAGGAGCAGUAACGGGCUUUUUGUUGAUGGAAUUCACAGGGAAGACAACAUACAAUGGCACAGUAACAUCAUUGUGGAGAGACUUUCCAAAUCGAUGCUGAAGACCGUCUCAGGAAGAGUUUACGUCUUAGAAGGGGACAUGCUCACAAAUGUUGCUUCUGAUUUUCCAAAGUGGUUUCUGCAAAAGUUCGCUAAUGGUUUCCCAGCUGACUGGAAGAAGCUUUAUGAGAAGUUUCUGUCCGAGUCAAAGGAAAAAAAAAAGAAGAAAAACCACAAAAUAUGCACACAUGCUGCUAAAAAACCCAAGGCUGCUCCUGUGAGCAGUUCAGCGAGGAAACAAAGUCUCAGACCGCAGAAGACGACUGACGUCAGUCCUCCGUCGUCGUCCGCCUCCACCAAAGUGUCUCGCAGCGGCCGCGUCAUCAAGCCUCCUCUGGAGUAUUGGAAAGGAGGGAGGGUCAUUUUAGACGCAGAGAUGAACGUCACCAUCCACGAAUGUUAUAAUAACAUCCUAUCUGGCUCCGUGGCAGAAUCUCAGGCGGCAGCAGAGGAGCCUGUUCGUGGUUUAGUGCCUCACAGCAAAGGUAAAAAGUUCAGUAGUUUACCAGCUGUGGAUGAAGUUUCUGUUCCGGUGAGGAAGAUCAAGAUGCCCCAAAAGCAGGGGAAGAGUAUGCCUAAACCUGGAAAGUUCCACGAUUCAUCUGAUGAUUCUCCAGGAACGUGCAGCAGCACCGACAAGAGAUCUGGAAGAAGGACGAGGCAAACGGGGGACACGGACAUGCGUGUCACGAGAUUGUCUAGCAGGAAACGCUCUGUCCCGACAAAUCUGAGCUCCCCUGAGAUUCUGGAAACAGAAAGCCAGUUGUCCUCUGAGGAAAAGAGGCCUCAGAGGGGCAGGGAAGUUCCUCAGAAGCCCGAACAGAACCACAGUCUCUCGUCAAACCAAUCUUCAGAGGAGGAGUUCACAAAACCCAAGACGACAAAUCGCAGUAGAAGAAGGAACAAAAAGCCGCACGAACAACAAAAAUCGAUCAAAAUACCACCAGCGGGGAACCCUUUACCAACAAGUAAGAAGCACCACACACAGAAACCAAUACAAGAGGAAGAUGAAUGGACCGAGGAAGAGCUCAGCAAGCUCCAAGAAGUUGUAUCCCGCUAUCCUAAACACAUUGCCGGUUACUGGGAAAAGGUUGCACGGAUGGUUGGAACACGAACGGCCGAAGAGUGCCACAAGAAGCACACUUCCCAGGGAGCAUCCCGCAGUCCUGAAAAAACCAACAGGAGGCAGAAGAGAGGGAAGGAAGCUGCCAAGCCUCCAGCGGCAGAGAAACCCGUGAUAUCUGCCAGAGCAGGAACGCUGAAGAGGAAACAGCAGGUGCGGCAGUUCCUGGAGACCCUCCCCAGAGACGACGUGAACGAUGCUUUCAGCUCAACAUACAUGCGGAACAAACAGUUUGAGAUUCCUUCCUUGUGUUCGAGUGAUGAUCAUGACUCCAUGUUGGGGGAUCUGGAAUUCCAAACUCCAAAGUCGGCCUGUUUCCCUGAAGUCAAGACACCUCAGUGUUUGCACAUCACCCCCGGAAUGAUGGGAUCUCCCAACACGAACGAUGAUGACAAGUACGUCUAUCAGCUGCAGAGAAGGAUGAAAAAGAAUCAGUUCAAUGUUCAGAAGAACCCUGGUCCUUCAAAGAAGUUCAUCCCCACACCAGGAGCUAAACGGGUAAUGAGGCGAUGUGGUGACACAGAAAAUACUUCUUUUGUCGUUUGGGAGAUGUUUCCUGGAAAGGAUGAAGAGUCGGCUGAGAGCGGAGAGGAAGAGGAUUACUACUUCUCAGAUGACUGAUUUAUUCAAAGUUUAUAUUUUUAUCUUUUUUUAUGAUUGGAACCAAACCCAAUAAAAUAGAGGAUAAGUGUAAUAUUUCAA